AUGCUCAAAACACUUGGCCACACCAUGGAGUCUCCCAACCACACAAACCUGGAUCCUGCUGUGUUCUUCCUCCUGGGCAUCCCAGGUCUGGAACAGUUCCACCUGUGGCUCUCACUCCCUGUGUGCUGCCUGGGCACAGCCACAAUUGUGGGCAACAUAACCAUCCUGAUUGUUGUUGCUACUGAACCAGCCUUGCACAAGCCUGUGUACCUGUUCCUCUGCAUGCUUUCCACUAUUGACUUGGCUGCCUCCUUCUCCACCAUCCCCAAGCUUCUGGCCAUCCUCUGGUGUGGAGCUGGACACAUCUCUGCCACUGCCUGCCUGGCACAGAUGUUCUUCAUUCAUGCCUUCUGCAUGAUGGAGUCCACUGUACUGCUUGCCAUGGCAUUUGAUCGCUAUGUGGCCAUUUGCCACCCACUCCGAUAUGCCACGAUCCUCACUGACACCAUCAUUGCACGCAUUGGAGUGGUGGCAAUGAUGCGGGGGUCCAUGCUUAUGCUCCCAUGUCCUUUCCUCAUAAGACGCUUGAACUUCUGCCAAAGUCAUGUGAUCCCACACACAUACUGUGAGCACAUGGCUGUAGUGAAGCUAGCCUGUGGAGACACCAAACCUAACCGCGUGUAUGGGCUGACGGCAGCCCUGUUGGUCAUUGGAGUGGACUUGUUCUGCAUUGGUCUGUCCUAUGUCCUCAUUGCACAAGCAGUCUUCCGCCUCUCAUCCCAUGAAGCUCGCUCUAAGGCCCUUGGGACUUGUGGUUCCCAUGUCUGUGUCAUCCUAAUUUCUUACACUCCAGCCCUCUUCUCCUUUUUUACCCAUCGGUUUGGUCAUCAUGUUCCACUUCAUAUUCAUAUUCUUUUGGCCAAUGUCUAUCUGCUCUUCCCACCUGCCCUGAACCCUGUAGUGUAUGGAGUUAAGACGAAAGAGAUUCGGGAAAAAGUUGUCAGGGUGUUUCAAAGAGGGCAGGGAGCUGGGGUCAAGACAUCUGAAUGA